CGUCUGGCAACAAACACACACGGCGACUUUGGCAUCAAUUCAAUCAAGUGGAGAUCAACAGAUUAUUUGUGAACUAAUCGACAGUCUCCUGUUUGAGUUCGAUCAGAUGUCGUUCUGCCUGGCGGAGCUGCACUUGUGGUCCUUCAGGAACAGCCUGCAUGUCCCAGAUACAGACAUUGGCACAUACCAACUCUAUGAAAAAGGAGAACCAGCCUCUCCUACAGAUCAGCAUUACUACAAUGAGAAACAGCAGUUUGCAGACAGUCGGGGUUACCCAUGGUUCCUUAGUAACCGUCGUCCGGAGAAGCUGCGUGAUGCCCUAAAGGAACUAGAGGAGCUGCUGCAGUCAUGCCCGGUCAUAAGUGUCAGAUGGAGAAGCAAGCAGUGCUGUCAGAUGCUGUUGAGAUCAGGUGUGUUGGUGACCCUUAUCCUGGGUGGAGCUCAGGUUGAACGAGUGGCCAUUGACAGAACGCUGGUUGGGCGACUACCUGCUGACACCAUCAGCGACGCGGUGAUUUGCGAUCGCUUCCUGCUUUUCUCGCUGAUGGAGAGGAGUCAGGUGUGUCAGGUUUACUUGAACAGGAAGAACCAGAGCUCACCUGAACCAGCACGACACAUGGAGAAACUCACAGCUGCGGAGAUUAAGGUUUCAGUGGUGGACUUACCUGGCGGGGGACGCCGCGUGGAGCGCCACAUGGGUCUGAACCGGACGCAGGAUGUGGCCGUGUGCUGGUGGCCGCUCUGUAACGAGGAGGUUAGGCCUUGGUCUCCCAUCCCUCGGGCAGCGGACAGGGCCAACCUAGUGCUGCUCGCCUGCUCGGAUACCCCGGGGCUUACGGUUUUGAGCUCUGUCCGAACUGACGGAAACCCUAUUGACUGCAGAUUUAGUCUGACCCAACCCUACCAUGUCCUGACUGUGGAGCUACACCAAGAGGCCAAACACUCCACGUCUGAGCUGCAUGAGGAGGCCCAGCCUCCCGAUGUCCAAACUUGUGUGUAUGAAUCUGCUCAUGGACGUCUCCAGCGUCUGUCCGGCACUCCUCUAUCCCUCAAAUCCAAACCCAUAACCUGUAGUCGUGACCCGUUGGAGCGCUGGGUUCUCUUGGGGCUUCAGGACUGCUCGGUGGUACUUUUCGACCCACAGACUGGCCUCUCCCAGUGGGCCACCUGCUCCAUGGUGCCGGCGAUGCUAGCUUGGCAUCCUUCAGGAGCUCUGCUGAUGGUGGGCGGAGGUCAAGGCGAGCUCCAGUGCUUUGAUAUGGGGCUCUCGCCUCUCCCUCUGCGGUUAGUGAGUGAAGAACCAGUCCCCAGCUCUGGAGGCCCCAGCCUGCAGCUGUCUCGCCACAUGAAAACCUCAGAGGGGCUAGAAGGGAUCCAAUGGGCCUACUGUCCGAUAUCCCAGGGAAACGAGGGUCUGGAGGCACAUGAUUUACUGCUGCUUCAAUUUCAUGGAGGGCCACUUGCUGUUCUGAAGCUAAGACUGGGUGUGUUUAAUGGUGCUCAGCUAGGCCCAGGCGAUCUGGUACAUGACCGUUUGCGCUGUGAGGAGGUGGAUGCAGCACUGGGAAUUCUGGGUAAUAUGGACUGGGCCAUGAUGGGAGCAGAGUGUUACAGGUCACUCAUCUCCAUCACAGAUCACCUGCUGAGAAAACCACUGGACCAGGAGACUGAAGGUCAGUUGGAAGCGGCGCUGGGGCUGUUUUACACUCCCUGCAGACCCCUCUCAAACACUGUCAUACUGGAGUACAGAGACCCCAUCAGCAGAUACGCCCGGCGAUUCUUCCAUCACCUGCUCAGACACCAGCGGUUUGAAAACGCCUUCUUGCUGGCUGUAGAUAUCGGAGCUAGAGAUCUGUUCAUGGACCUCCAUUACGUGGCAGCAGAUAAGGGUGAGGUGGUGUUAGCCGCUGUAGCCAAGAAGAAGGCUAAUGAAAUAGACGCAGAGGCACAAACAUCGGCACCAGAUGAGUGUCAGUCAGCAUACGGAGGGCAGAGUGGAGUCAAGCUCCCACCAACCAGCAGCGACAGACAUGUUCACCACCCCAAACGCUGGAGCACUGCAUCAAGGAAUAGGGCUGCAGAAACGUCGACUUCUGAGGCUAUGGAUGACCUCUCUAACAGCCUGACAAGUCAUCGCACCUGGCCUUGGAAACACACAGAAAUCAACCUUGUCGACCGGAACACACAGGUGCCUGAGGAGGGGAAACUGAAAGUUAUUCAUUUUGGUUUAGUCUAAAUUAGUACAAUCAAUGCUAUUAAUAGUUUUUAAUAUUUUUAUAACAAUUAAAAAAUGUUCUUUUAGUAAA